AUGGAGUCCAAGUCGGCUGAACAAGUUGAUGUAGCCAUCAUCGGAGCAGGAUGGUAUGGUCUCGUUGCAGCGCGUACAUAUCUUCGCCUUUGUCCGAAUGUCAAUCUAAUAGUUAUUGACUCCGACUCCACGGUGGGCGGUGUAUGGAGCGAGGAUCGGUUGUAUCCCAACCUGGUAGCGCAGGUAAAUCUUGGCUUGUUCAACUAUACCGACACGCCAAUGCCCAGUAUCGGCGUCACUGGCGAGAAACAAGUGACCGGCCGCAUGAUCCAUGAUUAUCUCCAGCGGUAUGCCGAAGACCAUAACCUUCUCCCGCAUAUUCGGUUCAACACUUUCGUGACUCGGGUGAAUCGCAAUUACUCAUCGGGUGGAUGGCUUUUGACUCUCCGUGAUUCUUCGGAGAUCAUCAAAACCGCCAAGUUGUUGGUCGCUCCUGGAGUCACCUCAAUCCCCAACAUGCCUGACAUCCCCGGGAUUGAACCCGAUACUGCGAAAGUGCCAGUUGUUCAUUCUAUGGACUUAGGCCGCUCCUACUCUGACCUGCAGAACCCUGAAAUCAAAAAGGUCAUAGUCGUCGGCGCUGCCAAGUCCGCUUACGACGCGGUGUAUCUCCUGCUCACCAUGGGAAAAGAAGUGACCUGGGUCAUCCGAGAGGAUGGCGCAGGGCCCUUGGCCAUCCUACCUUCUAAGCUACUUGGAAUUUGGACCAGUAUUGGCGUGGCAUCCACCAGAUUGAUGACUGGGCUCAGUCCCUCCAUUCUCAACACCGAUGGGUACCUGUAUUGGAUUUUUCAGAAAUAUCCUUUCGGUCGCUGGCUCACAGGGCGGUUUUGGGACACUGUGGCGAUGCUGAGUGACUUUCACGCUGGAUAUUACAAAGGUGAUCAUGUUGCUGAGCUGCGCCCCGAGAUUGGGAACAAGAGUAUAUUCUGGGCAAACUCGGGACUGGGGGUAGUCACCCUCCCAGACUUCUGGUCGAUCAUUCACAAGGGCGAGGUCCGCGUGGUGCGAGAGAGCCUAAAAAGUAUCGAUCGGAACGCUCUUUUGUUGCAGUCGGGUGAGAGAGUGCCCACUGACUUUAUCGUAAUGUGCACUGGCUGGGGGGACCACUUUGCAUUAUUCGAUGCAGAGACAAAACGAGACAUCGGGCUCCCUACUCAGACCAAGCCGAAGGAUCUGAGGUUUGAGCAAAGCCCCGACCGCUGGCAGCAGGCCGAUCAGGAUGCCGAUGCAGCUGUAAAUCUCAAGCUACCGUUCCUGGAAUACGCACCUGUACUACGGAACCCAGGAAAUCUCCAGCGACCUCAGAAGAAAUGGCGUCUCUACCGACGCGCCGUUCCUCUUGAGCUAGCUGAGAAGGGAGAUCGCUCACUCGUGAUCCUAGGACAGAUUCAUACUGUACAGACCCCACUAGUGGCCGAGUUCCAAUCCUUCUGGGCUAUUCUGUAUCUCCUUGGUCGAAUUACUCUCCCGGACAGCGACACUAUGGUUCGAGAAAUUGCCGAGUGGAAUGCCUGGACUAGAAAGCGGUACCUGAGCCAAGGGCAGAAGUUUCCUUAUUCCCUCUACGACUUUUUGCCAUAUGUUGAUACGCUAUGUAAGGACUUGGGGAUCAACUCUCGACGGAAGUCAAAUCCCCUGGCAGAGAUUUUCUCUCCUUACCGUCCCGAAGACUUCAAUGGUUUCAUCGAUGAGUAUUUCGCCAAUCAAAUGAAGGGUUCGGUUUCUGAACCCAAAGUCUUGACGCGAAUUUCAUCUACGUGGAGAAUUUUCGGAUUUAGUAUCGCAUUUAUCAUGAUCCUCUCAACUGUUGCCGUAAUGGUGUAA